AUGUUUUCCCAUUUACGAAUCCACCGAAGGGGACAGUCGAAUCCCACUUCACCAAAUCCCGAACAGCCCUCUACCACUGCUCCCUGGGAUCCCUCGAUUCACCAGCAGCACUCUCCCUUCAUUCAAGAUGCCGCCUUAAGCCCAGACAUUCGACCCCAGGCUUCGACAACGAAUUCCUCACUGCCUCCCACCCUGCCGCCCAUUCCCCGCGUUACCUCGGUGACGCAAGAGCCCAACACCCAGAAACCCCAGCCGCCCGUACCUCCACCGGUGCGCUCACCGUACAACGCAGACUCUGGCUUUCUCGGUGGCGUCGCCUUGCGCAAAUACCAACGCGAACAGCAGGAACAGCAACAGCAGCUCAAGAAACAACAAAUGGCGGCCAAGUCUCCGGAUCUGGUUGCGUCUCCGCCCACGAGUGCCUCAAAACAUGCCAGCUCCUUUGCGACCCCAACCGAGUUGCAUCACCAGGGCGGCCACACCCAGAGCUCGCCCCAAGCUCAAAGCUAUGCCUCUACCGGACGACGCCCCGCAGGAACGAGACUAUCGAGCGAGCCAAUCCGCAUGGCAAAUCAUGGCUCCGAUGCCCCCAAGGGCAGGAAAGGCCUGCCUUUUCUCAAAAAUCCCAUGUCGACACUCCUUGCACGGAGAAAGACAAGCCAAAACGCACCAGACUUAACGCCCCUUCCCCUGGGGGGAAACCCGUCAUAUGAUCCUCGCAUUCGGGGGACAAGAGUUCACGACUUCAGCGCGCCACGACCUCGACGAAGCCUCCCCAACAAUGAGGGCCCCAGCCCUGCCGCGGCGCCGACACCCGGGACGAAAACACAGCCGCCGAUACCUGAAGAGAUGUCAGACUUGGGCCAGACUUCGUCGAGAGAGAGCGCAGCACCAACCCAAGCGUUUCAACAUGGGAGGAAUACAAGUGGUGCUUCUGAAUCUGGCCGCUCGGGCUCCGUCAGCGUCAUAUCACAGCCGGCUAUUGAGUCUGGGAGCGGCUCGGUAAAGACAAGAAGCAGCUUGAACUUGGAAUCAAAACCUCUGCCCGACGUACCGCCCAAAGACGAUACCGCACAAUCGUCAAGUUCGGCCUCAAUCAUCUCCAAGAAACCCUCAAUUAGCGCGGCUUCGAUCUUGUCUAAGAAAACACCGUCCACAAGAGCAACCCCUUCGAGACAUGCCUCCGUGUCUGGGCAAGAUGUCCUCUCUUCUGUGCCACGCCGAUUGAAGAGUACGUCCUCUAGAUUCAGCUUCGACAUGGUUGGCGCAGCAAAGGCCGAGAAGCUGCUCGAAGAAAGGCAUCGACAACGCGAACUUGAGAGGAAGACUUCCGACCCUGAACCUAGCGGGCCUCGUGAUUCUAGGUUCGACGACUUUGACGAGGACUUUGAUUACGAUGCGAUGAUGGAGGACGAUGGGUUUGAAGAGCCGAUUCCGAUGAGCAAUGAUUUUGGAGACGACUACGGAUACGAGGAGGACUUUGACGCUGGCGGCACAGAUCCUUUGGGUCUUGACGACGGUGAAGAUUUUGACGCGGCUGGAACGGACUCCUUUGCCCUUGAUCCGGUGCCAGAAGUUGAGAUCGAACUUGACGAGGAUGCUGAAAACGACCCCGAUAACGACCAAGAGAACUUUGCUGGUUUUGUCUUUCAACGAUCGGGCCCUCCCUCAGCUUUGACCAGUCCACACAGCGCCGGUCUGUUAGCAACGCCAAGGGAUGCAGACGGCAAGGUGAUCGGAUUCGCCAUCUCGAGAGACACGCCGGAUUUGAACCAAGUGUUGAGUGAGGGCUUUGUUCCGGGCCAGAACGUAUCCCCCAGUACGACUGAUUCAACUGCCGGGCUUCCGAUGGAAGGCUUGAACAUUACCGAUACGGAACAGCAAGAUGAGGACGAAACGUUGCGCGAGCCAACUCAGUCUCUGUCACCCGCACCACUGUCAGUCCCUAAGAAGGACGAUCUCUAUUUUGACAAUGGCCUUCUCGAUGAGUUGGAAUUUGCCGGAGAGGGUGACGGCUCCUACUUUGACGAGUCCAUAUUUGAUCUUGACGACACAGACAAGUAUGGCCGACCUAUUCCCGGGGCCUUUGCCAGGGCUCAAGCUGCCAGGGCUGCCAUGACCAAUGCCAGUGUCCAAGACGGCACUGCCCCUGAGAACAUCAAGAGGAUCUCCGACAGCACAUCACGACUAUCUGCGCAUUCCAAUGUUUCGCAAUCGACGGCCCAUACUUCCCUCAGCGUCGGCAUGCCGGCUCCAUCUGUUGAGGAGUCAAAGCGAGCUAGCGACCUCUUAGCCCAGGGCCAGGAGUCCUCAGCAAUGACUUCUAGCUUCUCGGCGACGGGUCAGGACAAGGUGGAAGCUUAUCAAACUGCCCUGGCGGCAGCGGCGUUCGAAGCCGCCGCCAACGGUAGAUUUCGACGAGACUCGUCCCCCCCUCCAAGCGAGCUCAUGUCGCCCAGUGGAGAGUCCUUAGAUGACCUACAGCAUGAGAACAUGGACGACUACGAUGAUUACGACGACACUGGUUUUCGCGAAGAUCUGAAUGAUUACGAUGUCGACUAUGACGACUUCAUUGCGGAGGCAAACGCUAGUGCCCUUGCCAACGACUCUGACGGUUGGUAUGGUCAGGAGUUUGGGUUCUACUCUGCUCCUGUCGAAGGAGGCGGACGCCACAGUAGGGAUAGUUCCAAUGGGUCGGAUGAGAAGCCUUUUGAAUACGCUAACGGCGGCUUCUUUGGGCCGUCGGGCGUAUCUCGAAGCAAGUCUGGGAGGAUAGUAUCCCGAGAGCCCAACCUCACACCUAUCACGGAGAGAUCCGAGUACUCCAAUCGUAACUCGAUCAUGAGUCUCGCGGUCCCACCUGGUAUCGGUUCCGGUCCAUCUAGUCUUCAGAGCCCCGGCCUGGCCCAACUAGCCAUGAUGGCUGAUGGUGACGAUAAUAUGAGCCUGUCAGCGCUGAUGCGGCUUCGUUCCAGGGCUUGGGGUGGAUCGCAGGCCAGUCUGGUCUCGAGCCGCGAGGGUUCGCCAAGAUCGGAGAGGGGUGAGGGUGGAAGCUCGCCUUGGGGCCCGGGGCCUCACAACAUGCUGGGCAUACAUGGUCAUGGUCGCAAGAACUCGGCAUUCUCUGUUCGCAGCCGCGACAUGGAUUCUUCAGACGCAGGUAGCACGUCAGGCUCCCCUACUCUCACCAUGUCCAUGCCCACUCUAGGGUCACCGCCUCCUCCUCUGCCACCACUGAACCAAAGUCCUGCGGUAGUGAUGAACUCUCCCCACUUCACGCACAGCGCGGCGUUCGAUCCUGUGCCGGAGUCUGACGAGAUGGAUGAGCUUUCAAUCUCCAACACCAUCUCACACUCGGGCUUGUGGAUGAAGAGCCCGGACACGGCCAUGCAUCCGAAUCUCGUGCCCCGCAUCGACCCGACGCCCCAACCUCAGCGAAGGCCUGGAAUGGGUCACAAACACAAGGGGUCCGCGGACAGUGUAUCUUACAUCAAGGAGGAGGAGAGUGGCGAGACCAGAUGGGUUCUCGAGCGACGUUUUACCGCCGACAGCGGGGAGAUUGAAGUGCAACGAGAAUUCGUCGGCAAUGGCCAGAUAUAG